AUGGACAUUACAGCAUGGACCUGUUGGGCUCUUAUUAUAAAAAGCACGCACAGCUGGAAUAACUUUAAUGAGGUUAAAGAAGUUAAGCCUUUACAAAAAUUGGUUGCAAUUAGAGACUCUCAAAAUCCCUGGUUUUCGAAAAAGCAGGGAUCAGGGAAAAGAGAAGGAGUAAAUCCUAGGGAAAGGGAUCAGGGAAAACAGGGAUUUUUUACUGUGUAA